AUGCUAUUGACUUAUCGCAUUUAUCGCCGUAUAUGCGCGAUUUUAGGACUGAAAAAGGAGGACCAGGUGCUUUUCACUGGACGCUUGGAAAAUCAAGAACGAAAAAUGCUGAUCAAGUAUAAGGAUGGAAAAAUGUACAAUGUGAGGAUAAUACCAAUUCCUAUGGCUGGCAAGACAUCGGUGUCGUUCAUUGAUAACGCCAAGGGGUCCACGCCUGCCGAAGAGCCGGUGCCAAAAGAUCGCACUGCCCAGAUAGCGGGUCAAAAUACCGUUCGUGUGCUCUGGAAGCCUCCAGCGGAUACAAGUCAAUGCGGAAACAAGUAUCUUGUCAUCGUCAAAAACGAAACAUUCCAGGACAAGGCUACGGUGACGGACACAAAAUACGUUUUAUCCAACAUGAAUCCAGCUUCCGUUUACAUAUUCAAUAUACACGCUACUGACAAGCAGGGCAAGCCGUUCAACGCUUCAGCAUCAAUUAAAGUGAGGCUUUCAAAGACCCAGUACACAACUGUUAAAAAUUUGAGUGUCUCGAAAGUGAAUGGCAGCGCCAUCAAGGUGAGCUGGAGCAAACCAGUUCCUGCCGAUAAAUUCAAAGACGAGUACCACGUUACCGUCUACGGUCAAGACUUAAAGAAGACCUAUACCACGAAGGAGACCUCGAUCGUUGCUGGUGGCUUGGACUUCACUAAACUUGACAAGGUCACCGUGCAAAAUGUUUGGAAAAAUGGCACAAUGUUCCCCGCUGUCGCAACUGUUUCCGUGAAAAGAGGUAAGUGUUAA